CGUCCAGGGGCUGCGAUGGCGGCGGCGGCGCUGAUGGACAUGGCGCAGGGCUGUGUGACCUUUGAGGACGUGACCAUUUACUUCUCCCAGGAGGAGUGGGGACUCCUUGAUAAGGCUCAGAGACUCCUGUACUGUGAUGUGAUGCUGGAGAACUUUGCACUGAUUGCCUCACUUGGACUUACAUCUUUCAGGUCUCACAUAGUUGCCCAGCUGGAGAUGGGGGCAGAGCCCUGGGUGCCUGACCAAGUGGACAUGACUUCAUCCAUGGCAAGAGGGGUGUAUAGAGGGCCUGACUCAGAUUUUUACUGUGGAACAGAGGGUGAGAAAUCACCUGCUGAACUCAGUGUUUCUGUAGAAGUGUCACAGAGCAUGAAUCCCAAGGCAGUUCCAUCCACCCAGAAGGGCUACCCCUGUAACCUGUGCGGCCUACACUUGAAAAACAUUCUGCAUCUGGCUGAACAUCAGGCAACACGUUCCAAGCAGAAACCACACAUGCAUGAGGCACAUAGGAAAGAGUUCAAGUUCAACGCCCACUUUCACCAGUCACAGAUGCAGCAGAAUGUGUACAAGUCUAUUGGAAGGAAUGAAGGCAGGGCCUUGCUUGUGAAGAGCUGCGGAUAUGACACAUCAAAGAAAUCUUUUGCAUUCAGGGAGGAUGGGAAGGCCUUUGUGGCCAGAUGUGGUUUUCUCCAGCAUCAGGUCACUACCAGUGUGGGGGAGCCAGAGAAGAGCUCUGAAAGUGUGGUGGAUUUUUCCACUGUGCAACUCCAUAAGAAGUACAGUGAAUUUGAGAAUGCUCUCAGUGACAAACUUUCACUUGUUCAGCAGAGAACCCACACUGGAGAAAGGCCUUAUGAGUGCAACAAAUGUGGGAUAUUCUUCAGCUAUGCUGCUGGCCUCUUUCAACACCAGAGAGAUCAUAAUCGAGGAAAGCCUUAUGAGUGUGGUGAAUGUGGGAAAUUCUUCAGCCAGCACUCCAGUCUCAUCAAACAUCAGAGAGUUCACACUGGUGAAAGCCCUCACGUGUGCAGCGAGUGUGGCAAAUUCUUUAGUCGAAGUUCUAAUCUUAUUCAACAUAAGAGGGUUCACACUGGAGAAAAGCCUUAUGAGUGCAGUGAGUGUGGGAAGUUCUUCAGCCAACGCUCCAACCUCAUUCAUCAUAAGAGGGUUCAUACUGGUAAAAGUGCUCAUGAAUGCAGUGAGUGUGGGAAAUCCUUCAACUGCAACUCCAGCCUAAUUAAACACUGGAGAGUUCACACUGGAGAAAAACCUUACAAAUGCAAUGAAUGUGGGAAAUUCUUUAGCCACUUUGAUGGACUUGUUCAACAUCAGAUAGUUCAUACAGGUGAACGACCGUAUGGAUGCAGCGUAUGUGGGAAAGCCUUCAGCCGAAGCUCUGACCUCAUGAAACAUCAGCGAGUCCACACUGGUGAAAGGCCUUAUGAGUGCAGUGAAUGUGGGAAAUUGUUUAGCCAAAGCUCCAGCCUCAAUAGCCAUCGGAGACUUCACACGGGUGAAAGGCCUUAUCAGUGCCCUGAAUGUGGGAAAUUCUUUAGCCAACGCUCCAGCUUUAAUAACCAUCGAAGACUUCACACUGGUGAGCGGCCUUAUGAGUGCCUUGAAUGUGGGAAAACCUUCAGACAAAGUUCUAAUCUGAGGCAGCAUCAGAAAGUUCACAAACCAGAUAAGCCAUAUAAGUGCAAUGAAUGUGAAAAAGCCUUCAGCCAAAAGUCUACUCUCAUCCGACAUCAGAAAAUUCACACUAGAGAAAAGAGUACAGAGGGUGUUCUCCCUUCUUCUUCAGCACAACAGCACCUCCUAGAGAUGAACUCUGAGAGUAGUCUUUAUGAAGUAGCUGUCAGUCAGAAGUUGAGCAUUGUUCAUCCAAAUGUCUAUGCUGGAGAGAUUCCCAAUGGAUGCUAAAUAAAUUGGAAGCUUUCUGGAGCAAGGCUACAUAUUCUGAUCCCAAACUUUGUCAGAGUUUUUGUCACUGCUAGUGUCUGUGGUAGAAGUCAUCUCAGUUCUACCCACUGACAGUUCUCCAGAGUGUGUGCCAGCCACUUCCUGUUCUCAGGGAAGACAGGCCUCUGUUUCCUCUUUCAAGAGGGAAUUGUGAGUAGCUUGAGGCCAUAGGAAGAUGUCUUCCCUCCCGCUGUGACUUCUUUAGUUGUGAUCAUGACCCAUCUUUGCCAUGAAGACCUGAUCUGGGUCCUACUGGCAGCUUGCAGAGGUUUCCCUUUUCCAAGACAUUGUUGAUCUUGUAUGAUGCUCAUGAUGGAUUCAUCCAGCUUCCACAUUAUCCAUCCUUGACUUUACAUCGCUCUGGUUUGGGUGAUAAGGGCCUUAUUGAUAAAGUCACCUUUUAUCUCCUGUAUGCUGAUAAAUGUGUGGAGUGGGUUGAGAACAGAAUGAAGGUCUUCCAAACCAAACAGGUCUCCAAAUUUAUUGCCUCAGUGAAGAGCAGGAUGGCAGAGAACAAUUCUCAGUCCAGAGUUGGCCUCAUUUGUGUUGCUACCUGAGGUCUCCUAGGGGAGAUUGUAGGGCUUGGUGGGCCUAAUGUUGUGACUUGAAGGGCAUGAAUUUUUGUAGAUCAGAGGUUACUUUGAGGAAGGGGAGGUUGUGCAACCUCCAGUGCAUCUGGAAGCAGCCUGAUUUAGGCCCCUUUUUUUCCCCUGAAGAUGCCUCCUAUUCCUUAGCGCUGUUGAGUAAACAUUGUUUACCUGGUCUCUGCCAAGGAGUCAUAUGCCUUUGAUGUCUAAAAUCCAGUAUAUGUCACCUACUGUAAGACUUACUGGGUCCAAUUGGCAGAUUAGAGGGAAUGUAUCUGUUAUAAAAGUGCAUCCAAAAUUCCCUUAAAGGUAACUAUGCAGGAUUCAGGACUUGCAGAAAUUCUCAAGACCUCCAGACCUCUGUCUUAUGACUAAGGCCACUGGCAGAGGAAAUCAGCUAAAGGUUUUGUGGAUUAUUAUAGGCUGUCUGCAUUAUUCAUGUCAAAACUAGUGUUGUGUUGCAGAGAAAUGGGGACUAAGAGAAGGUAGAUCUUGUAAGCCAGGGAGGAGGCAUUUGUGACACAGCCAACCAUUUUUGGUGCCAACACAUGAGGAGAGAGGGAGUAGAGUCAACAUGGGGAUGCCAAAUCUUAAAUUUUCUAAAAAAAUAAAAAAUAAAUAAAUAAAAUGAGUGGGAGAGCAGAUUUUUACUUGCAACAGUUUCUUUUAAUGCUUGUUGAGAUAAUUUCCAUGCAAUAAUUGGCUGUACAUAUUUAAUGUGUACACUUUGAUAAGUUUUAAAAUAUGUGUACACUCAGGGAACCAACACCACAACCAUAAUAAUGAACCCAUCCUUCAUCCACACGGCUACCUCAUGCCCCUUGACAAUCCCUCCUUGCCUUCCCCAGAGAACUGUUAUCUACAGCCCAAGGAAUCUACUGAUUUACGUUUUAUUCACUGUGAAUUUGUUUGCCUUUCCUAGAAUUUUGUACAAUGGGAAACAUAAAGUAUUUAUACUCUG